UCAUUGGUUCACAUCAUCACAAAGCGUCAGCUGUGACGUACAAUUACCGCAUCUGCCUUGUUCAAACGGCUAAGCUAUCAACUAACAACUGAACCCGUGUUGUCAACAGAACCUGAUCAAACCAGCGCGUUACUGUAACGGUCUUAUUGUUCGGUAGGCUAACUGGUAUAGUUGCCAGGGUAACGUUAGUGCACCUUGACUGGCUACUACUGGGCUAUUGGCUGAGUGUUGCUGUUAGCUUGAGGCUAACUCGGUCAGAGGAGAAGAGCUGAGCAGCUUGAUCCGGAGUCCUCUGCUCAGAGGAUGGACAGUGAGAUCCAACGAGACGGGAGAGUCCUGGACCUCACUGACGACGCCUGGAGGGAGGACAGACUGCCGUAUGAAGACGUCACCAUCCCUCUGAGUGAACUGCCUGAGGCUGAGCAGGACAACGGAGGCUCCACAGAGUCCGUGAAAGAGCAAGAGAUGAAGUGGACAGACCUUGCCCUGCAGAGCCUGCAUGAAAACACACCCAGCACUGGAAGCUGAAGGACUGACCUGGAAUCAGACUGUAGGACAGAAACAGACAUGCACGUGGACAUUGGAUUCAGAGACGCAUAUAAUUCACCAUCUUUGUGUUUAUGUUCCAGCUAAACUGAAAUUACAUAAAAAAUGUAUUUUGCAUUGGUAUUGGGUUUAUAUUGUAGUCUUUUAUAAAUAUGAAUGUAAAAUAACAAUUUAGUAAUAACAUAAAUGGAAAAGAGACACAUCCGA